AUGGGGCUGGCCUUACCCAUUCUUUUCGCCUCGACCAUCUCAUAUUUGAUUCCAGCUCCAACCGCGUUCGCCGAAGUCGGUUGGAAAUACUACCUUCUUUUCAUUAUUCUCUCAGUCGGAAUUGCACUGGAAGAGAUAGGAGAGACAUUUGGGGGUGAAGUCGUGAUCCACUUAACCGGUCUCUCGGACGAGCAGAAAGAAGACUUGGACAAGGCUAUUGAGACAGGGAGGAGGACAUGA